GACGCAAACGUCAAAUUCAAAUUUGUUUGGAGUUAAAUUCUACUAUUCCAAAUAAGUUUGGGUAGUUUGGGUUUGAGUUGUUUAUAAACUUGUGAUGUGAAGUUGUAUAACUGUUAUGUUUAGAGAAUAAAUUUGACUUAUAAUAUAUAUUUAUAUAUAUUAGACAUUUAGAAAUUAAUUAUUGUGUAAAUAUUGUAAAAUGUGUUAUCCAAUAUUUUAGUUUGGUUUAGAAGUUUGAAGAUGAAACCUCAGGCAAAAACCAUCAAAAGCACAAGGCAGCUAAGGCAAUUAGAUCAAAACAGCUCAUUUAAAAGUAAGCUGAGGUUGGAUAAAGGAAAGUUAGGAGAAAUAUUUAAGAAGCCACAAUAUGACCGACAGCUUAUCGCCCCAGAAAAAAGUAUAGCAAAAUUUCCCCUCAAGAAGAUACUGACCGAAAACUUAAAGAAUCCGUUAAAAAAUCCAAAUUCAUUACUUUUGACAAGUACCCCACAUCACACAUUAGGCGGCUCAAAGGCUAAUUUCUUUAACGAUCGGCGUUCUUCUACUAGUAUAUCUCCAAUUCAGCAACAAAAGCCUUGUAAGGCUAUUGAAAAUGGACAGAAAGAGAACAGCUUAUCUGAAGCUUCAGAUGAUGACAGUGAAGUUCAUUUGGAUAUCAAAAAAGCAGAACAAAUCAAACCAAAUAGAUGGAUUGGAACCACCUCCAACAGGAUAGAUACUAAUGGUACUCCUGUGGCAAAUAAAGAACCUGUGGUAGCGAAAGAAAAAAAGGCUGCAGAGGAUUCUCUUAUUUUUGUUGAUUCAGAUUCAAAAAAAAAUGAUUCCCACCAACAAGGACAAGAAAAAACUCCAAACAAUCUUCGGCUCAGCCGAAGAGAUCAACACAAUAGCACCACCAACGAAAAGAAAAAACGCUCUAAAAGCGACUCUACCGUCUCCGUUACAAAGAAGAGUAAAAUUCCUUUGAGAACGAUUUCUCAUGACAAAGAAGUCGAUGCAAAUGGUGAAAAUAAGAAGAAAGAUGUAAACAUUAAUUUUACUGAAGCUGUACGAUAUACGCCGAGCAUGUCAGGACAAAAGCAAAUGGUUAAUUGUGACCUCGUUACUCCUAAAAAUGUCUCUAUGAUGGAUGCUCCUGACAGUAGCUGUUUGCGAGAAAACAAGCUAUCAAAUAAAAAAAAAGAGUCCCCAGUAAGAACUAGAGACAUGUUUGUUAACAAAACACCAAGAUCAAAUAGAAAAGUAAAUUAUGAACCUGACGAAAAUGGUGAAAUCCUCACCAGAACUAUUAAUUUGGCUGAUAAAACUGAUAAUAUUAAGGCGAAUGAGCUAACAAUUGUCGCAAAUCACACUGUACAGACGUCAAUCCUAAACGAUUUACCAAAAACGAAAACACCUAAAAAUAACAUUUUGGAAAUUCCGUCGAAAUUGGUUAGGGAAGCCAAUCUGGAACCUCGACAAACUAACAAUAAAGAUGUUCAGACUACGUUUUUUAACAUUGAUGCUGGAACUUCGCCAGAGCGACACGAACUUUAUGAGUUCACUGAACCCGCGGAACUAGGCAGAAAACGAAAAUUCGAAAUAUUUUUAAAAGGUCUUGAAGAGUUUGCUUUAGAAGCUGAUAAAGUAAGCACAGCGCCUACAAUUGAAGAAAUCGGAAAAAAGAGACCCAGAAAAAAAAGUUCUAGUGAAUCCGGAAGUGACGGCAAAAUAUUGCACAAUAUUGUGAGUAAACUAGCGAAAAGGGCUCAGGAGGCAUCCACUCCAGAAAAACAAUGCAAGACACCCAAAAACAACCAAUUAGCGAGCAAAAAGAAUCCGCUUUUUAGGAGAUCACAUCGAAAGGCUAGUCAGAAAGAAUUGAGGGAGCCGGCUGUUAUAAGUUUAGGCGAAGAUUCAAGGGAGUCCUACCAAAACGACUCUGAAAGACGAAAUAUAUUUGACAGUUUGGAAGUGGGUAAUGUGGUUGACGUUGUGGAUUUUAGUAACGAUGCUGUUCCUGAAAUCUCCGUAGCUGAAAAGCCUUGGCGGUUCGAAGGCAGUGACGGUCCUAUGCGUUUUAACAAUAUUACGCUGAAAUUUUCCAGGAAGGAGGCCGAUAUUAGAUAUAGCGACUGUUAUAAUGUUUCAGAAGAGACUUUACCUGGAAAAAUUUCUUUAGAAUCGACACAUAAUUUUAAAAAACGGCAAAAUGAGCUGAGUAAGGAUGUUGUCGAGUUGGAUAACAUUGUGCCUAAUGUAGAAUCAAGAAAAUCCUAUUAUAAGAAAACUUAUAGUCGAAACCUUAGAAGUUGUGCUGCCGAAGAAGAUAACGAACAACCAGCUGCAAAUAAUCCAGAUGCAUUUAAAAAACCACCAACGCCAAAACAAAAUACUAACAAAACGUCGCUGCGUAAAACGUCAAGGAAAAGUGGUUCAGCAAUUCGAAAGUCACCGGCUAAUGGCGGUAAGCAAAAUAAUAUUUCAAAAGAAGCAGAGAAAACAAUUUUCCACGAAGAAUCAGACAAAGAAAACUCAAAAACUAUGUCCUCGACGCAAAUUCAGAAAAAGAAUGUUAGUUAUCAGGCCAGAAAAAAGCUGUUUGGUGUUGAACUACCAGAGCUCGCGCCAGACAAAAGUGUUAGCGAUGAAUCUCAAACUCCAGUCAAUAGUUCAAAAUCUAAAAAACAGCCUCAAUCAGGACAAAAUUAUCAAACAAUUGUCAUUGAAGAAUCUCGCAGUUUAGUUAAUAGAGAGUUGCGGCCUAGAAAGCCGAACUCAAACCCAAAUCAGGAUAAACCUGUAAAUAAAGCCAAGAAAAAUGUAAUAGUCAUUCCGCUAGAGAAUGAGAUCUCAACAAUAGUAUCCGAGCCUGAAGCUAACAAUAACACCAAUGAUUUCCCCCAAAAAUCUCAUCAGAACAUCCAGUUAAAAGAGGGAAUUAAAAAACCUAAUUGCCAGCCAGAGCUUAUUAUUCCAAUUCCAAUAACUCCUAUAAAUUUGUUAAUUAAUAGAUCAUUGAAGCAAGUAUCUAGCUCUAAACCUAAGGAAGCAAAAAAACCAAAGCAAAAAUUACCAUCAAGAAAUAAAAUUCCGGAUAAUAGUCAACGUAGUCGACAUGCUGGACUUACGGCCGCCGUAGAUGCUUCUAAUGUUCAGGAUUGUGGAACUGGUAGGCCGCAGAGGACGCGAAAACCUGCAAAGCGCCACACCGAUAUUGUGCAACCAAAACAUGGUUACAUUUCCAUGUCACUAUUUAAUAGUGACUUCAGAUCGAAACCCAGAAAACGAAAAUCUAACAUUCAAACCAAUAAUAAUAAUGGUACAACCAGCACCAUUUUGAAUAAUCUCUCAGAGCAAACAACUUGUAGUAUUGAAAGUGCCAACUUGAAGUCAUUAGCUACAGAAAUUUCUGGAAUGGAAAUCUUGUCUCAUGGUAAAAAUCCGAAACGUAUAAAUAUAAAUACUUUGGACACUAUUGUAGAUGAGGAUGCCGUACAAGAAAAUGAACUGCCUCAAACCGGGUCUAGAAAUAAACGUGGAAAGAAAGCAACUACAACUGCAAAAAAAGUUGCUGCUAGAGGAAAAUCAAAAGUUUCCGUGCCAAUAAUUAAUAAUGAGAAUGCCCGAUUAAAUCCGGUUGAUGAUCACGUAGUAGAUGAACAUCCGAUGAGUUUGGAGAGCGAAGUUAUACAACAUUCUAAGAUUCCAGAUGUUUCUGGGAUUGAACGUUUUCCAAACUUGAAGGAACCUAUUCUUUCAACCGAUCCUGAUUUAGGAAGUAUUCUAGAGGAGAAUGCUAACGAUGCUACUAGUUUUCAAGAUGUUGUACCAACUUCCAAGACUAAGCCUAAAAAUAAAGUGGGUAGACCAAAGAAAACUCCUAAUACAGACACAAUUUCAAAAAAACUUGCCAAGGAGAAAUCAAAUGUUUUCGAACCAAUUGCUAAUAAAGAGAACGCGAGGUUGAAUGAAGUUGAUGAUCACACAGAUAAACAACCGAUGGUUUGUGAAAGCGAGGUUUUGCCUAUGGUAGAUAACAUUCCUCAGAUUCCGGAUGUUUCUGGCAUUGAACGUUUACCAAACUUCAAGGAGCCUAUUGUUCCCAAUGACCUCCAAGAUUCAAGAAAUACUCAGGAAAAGAAUGCGAAUAACGCUACUAGUUUGCAAGAUGAUCAACUAUUUGUUCGACCUGAGCCUCCGAGCAGUAGACGUUCAGCAAGACCAAGAAAAGGUACCAAGUGCCCAGAAAAAAAACCAUCAACGGGAAAGAGGUCUGUUAAGAAGAACUUAGAACUCCUUGAAGAAGUCAGGGUGGAUGAGGAAAAUGAUGUUCAAAUGGGAUCGAAGCUUAGAGUUCCGGAAGUGACUACUUUAAGUCAGUUGAAUGGAAUUUCAAAUCAAGACCUAGAACACUCAGUUGAUACAACUGGAAAAUCGAAAGAAACAAAAGACAAACUGGAGGAAAAUUUAGGUGAGACAGAUAACAAGCCAAUGUCAACUGAAACCAUAGACGGUGAAGAAGGGCAAUAUAAUAAUAGGUACACAGAUGGAUUUAGUUUUAAUAGUCGAUUAUCUACUUUUGAUUUAACGUCGCAGAUUCAUCCCCGUUGCAGUUUGAAUGCUAGUGAGAAAGAUUAUGUUAAAUGUGUUCUUGAUGGGAAACCGAUGAAUUUGAAAUUUGUGUGCAGACUACCGGCAGAAUCCAAGUUUAAACAAAUUCGAAACAUGUAUGUUACAGCAUCUUGCAGAGAACCAACAGGCCUGUUUAGUUUUGGUUAUUUAAAAUUAAAUGCCAAUGAUGAGAAGGUACCUUCGAUCGGAAACUAUGCAUUUACGUUUUGUGUAAUAAAAGGGACAGCCCAUGUAGAACUGGAAGGGAGCCAAAGUACUAUUAAUGUGGGAGAAGGUUUUAUGAUUCCAAGUGGAAUGAAGUAUGGUAUAAAGAACGCUAGCGUACAUGAAGAAUUACUUAUGAGUUUUACCAGGAUAAAAAACGGUGGCACAUAACUAUUAUAUAGCUUAUAACUGUUAAUUUUUAUCUUAUGUAUAUUAUUUAAAGCGUAGCUGUUUAAUAAAUUAACAUUUUUAUUUAA